AUGACUCACGCGGAAGGCAGAGCCAAGAGCUUGAUGACAACGGUAACAGACGCUAAGAGCGAUGCAGCUGCGGUAACAGAAAUUUCUCCCCCUCCUAGUUCGCAGAGGUCCACUGGAAAGUCAAGCAGUAAUCGGAGCAACCGGAAAGUCGAACAGAUGCUUCAGAAGCUGGAAGAGCAGAAGCAGUUAGAGCAAAAAUAUUUGGACGAAAAGUACCGUAUUUUGAACGAAGAGGACGGCGAUGAAACAAUCCUUAGUGAUGAUGGAAUGGGAUCCGAAGAGGCCUCUAAAGUGCGAAGAUAUCUGGAAAAGGGAUAUGUCCGGAAGCUAACAGAGCUUGAACUCAAAACGAGUACGUCGAAGGAAUGGUAUUUGUCUGUAUUCCCUGUGGUCAAUCCCAACAAACCAGGAAAGGCGCGGCUUGUAUGGGAUGCAGUGGCCCCUGCGUACGGUGUUUCACUUAAUUCGCUUUUACUCAAGGGCCCUGUCCUUCUCACGUCACUGCUAGUCGUCCCCAUUAAAUUUCGAGAGUUCCAGAUCGCAAUUUGUGGAGACAUCCGGGAAAUGUAUUUGCAGAUUCUACUGAAGCAAGACGUCCAACUGUGCUUUUUCUGGAAUGACGAGCAGAAGAACGCGAAUCCUGGUGUGUUUUGCAUGUUGGGUUUACAGUUCGGCGUAUCGUGCGCUCCAAGCAUUGCGCAGUAUGUCAAAAUUGCCAACGCUCGCCAAUUUGAAAAGGAUUACCCGGCAGCAGUUCGCGCCAUCGUAGAUCAACAUUACGUUGAUGACAUGCUUGUAAGCGUGGAAAGCGCACAAGAAGCGGUAAAGAUCGCACAGGAUGUGAAGAAAAUUCACGCGAGGACUGGGUUUGAAAUGAGACACUGGAUUUCAAACUGUCCGGCUGUCCUGGAAGUAUUACAUGAACGAACAACGGAAGAGAAAGAUCUGAAUAUGACUGAAGGGUUAUCAACUAAGAAGGUACUUGGGAUGUGGUGGAAUACAACCACAGACUGUUUCACCUUCAAGGUCUCUCCGCGGUACGAUCCCGAACUUAUGUCAGGGCAGCGGAAACCAACGAAACGGGAAGUUCUUAGGACCUUAAUGAUGAUCUUCGACCCAUUAGGGCUCAUUGGUCAUUUUUUAAUGUUUCUAAAAGUGGUACUGCAAGAAAUCUGGAGAUCUUCCGUAGGCUGGGAUGAACCCAUCGAAGAACAGCAAUUCAAGAUGUGGAUGCAAUGGCUAAAGGUUCUUCCUGAAGCAGCGCAGGUGGAAAUUCCUCGAGGCUAUAGGACGGCUACAUCUGUUGGAGGUUUGAAUGAGGUGCAAAUGCAUAUUUUUGUUGACGCCAGUGAGAAAGGUUUUGCAGCGGUGGCGUAUUUACGUUUUGAGGAAGGAUCAAUCAUCGAAACUGCGUUAGUUGGAUCAAAAACUCGUGUAGCACCGAUCAAAUUUCUGUCCAUUCCGAGUUUGGAACUUCAAGCCUGCGUCAUCGGAGUCAGAUUGGCGAGUACCAUUAUGCAGUCCCUGGCUAUUAUAGUGAAUCGGCGGUUUUUCUGGACAGAUUCAAGCGAUGUCAUCAGUUGGCUCAAAUCUGAUCAUCGCAGAUACAGCCCAUUUGUCGCCGUCCAUUCACCAGUACUAACUCCCAACCAUUUUCUGCUGGGAUCAAGCAACGGAAUACGCCCGUGGGUUCCAUUUGGCGUUAGCUCGGAAGUACUUAAGAACCGCUGGAAACUGUCGCAAAUACUAGCCAAUCGAUUUUGGAAGCUGUGGCUCCGAGACUAUCUUCCGUCAAUCACGCGCCGUACAAAAUGGUUUAAGGAGACGAAGCCCAUCAGCAUCAAUGACAUCGUGAUCAUCGUAGAUCCAAAUUUUCCUCGAAACACUUGGCCUAAGGGACGAGUUAUUAGAAUCAAGAAAGGAUCGGAUGGACAGGUGCGGAGCGCCACCGUGCAAACCUCCAGUGGUUUCUACGAGCAACCAACAGUGAAGCUUGCCGUGCUCGAUGUAGGCGUUGGUAGCAAUGCACCUCAGGAGGACCCGAAGCCCAUUACGGGGGGGAGUGUUGAUUGCGCUACUGUACGAGCCCGUUCAACCUCACACGCUACCUAA